AUGGCAUCAAAUCCACCCGCUGCCUGCUGCGCCAUUGGCGUUAAACAUGAAGGCGAAGCCAAGGGUCAACUCCAACAAAUUGGCGAUGUCGAGGUCUACAUAUCACGCCCCGAGCGUUCUACCAAGCCUGCCAUCCUGCUGCUCACAGAUGUAAUUGGCCACCGUUUCAUUAAUGCACAACUUAUUGCAGACCAGCUAGCGGCAAAUGGUUACCUGGUCGUCAUGCCAGACAUAUUCCACGGUGAUCCGGUGCCGUUAAACAACCGCCCUGCGAGCUUCGACCUGAUGACCUGGCUAAAAGGCCCCCCGGGCCAUCUGCCAGAGCGUGUAGAACCCGUGAUCCAUGCGAUACUAAAGGAAAUGAAGUCCAACAUGGGCUGCGAGCGAGUCGGUGCUAUCGGAUAUUGUUUCGGGGCAAAAUACGCCGUCCGACUGCUCCAGCCAGGUCUCUGCGAUGUUGCCUAUGUGGCACACCCCGGUUUCGUCGACGCAGAGGAAUUACAAGCAAUCCAAGGCCCGCUGUCCAUUGCUGCGGCUGAAACCGACUCAAUCUUCCCGGCCUCAAAGCGCCAUGAAUCCGAGGAUAUCCUGGCCAAAACUGGCCAGCCGUACCAGAUCAACUUGUUCAGUGGUGUUGAGCAUGGGUUUGCUGUCCGCGCAGAUAUCACCAAGCCGACAAUCCGCUUUGCCAAAGAGUCUGCCUUUUUGCAGGCAGUCGCAUGGUUUGAUCAGUACCUUUAA